AUGUCAGAGGAUAACACUAUACCGACCAGCAAUGAUUCAGGGUAUUUGAAUGGCAAUGAUGAUGUCACGGGGCUAAGAUCAAGAAAGGAGAAGAACCAAUCACAAGAUCAAAAGAAUGAUAAAGACCAAACGAAGGAAGACAUUGAGACCUGGGUCAAGCAACAUAUACCACUUACUGAAAUUCAUUUAAAAUCGCAUGAGUGGUUUGGUGAUUUCAUAACCAAACAUGAAAUACCUCGUAAAGUAUUCCACUCCUCUAUCGGUUUCAUUACGCUUUACCUCUAUACUAAGGAUGUAAAUUACAAGAAUGUUUUGCCCCCCCUGAUGUAUGCCUUCGUCAUUUUGCUUACAUUGGAUAUUAUCAGGUUGAAUUGGCAGCUCUUCAACAAAGCGUACUGUCGUACAGUUGGUGCUUUGAUGAGACGAAACGAAAUCCAUACAUAUAACGGAGUUUUAUGGUAUAUUUUGGGACUUAUCUUUUCGUUUGAAUUCUUUUCGAAGGAUGUAGCCUUGAUCUCAUUAUUCCUAUUGAGUUGGUCUGACACUGCAGCUUCUACUGUGGGUAGAAAAUAUGGUUAUUUGACGCCGAAAAUUGCAAGAAACAAGUCGCUUGCUGGAUCACUGGCAGCAUUUGCAGUUGGGUUAGCAACGUGUUACAUGUUCUAUGGCUAUUUCGUCCCGCAUUAUGCUCAAUUCAAUAAACCUGGUGAAAUAAAAUGGUCCCCAGAGACCAGUAAAUUGAGUUUAGCAAAACUAUCCUGGUUAGGCGGCUUGGUAGCCGCUCUGAGUGAGGGCAUUGAUCUGUUCAAUUGGGAUGAUAAUUUUACGAUUCCUGUAUUAUCAUCCAUUUUCCUUGAUCUAGUUAUUAGGAUCUCCAGGAAAUAA